AUGUGGGCAUCUGGUGCUAGACGUGAUAAGAUACUUGCUCUGACAACAGACCAUCAACCCAGCAGCAAAAACAAGGCUGCUACUAUAAUGCAACUGCCGCUAAGACCUAAACCUAUAGUGCAUGCCAGCCCUACCAACCUGCCAGCUAUAAUCACAAAACCUAAAUUAACUAAUAUUAAUGACUUAUGGAGCCGAGAAUUGGAUUUUAAAGACUUCAGCGUUGUUUUUGAUUACUCUAAAGAAUAUGAAAAUUCAUUAAAUCAAUAUUUACAAACUUAUAACCUGUCAGAAUUGAAGUUAUCGUUUAAUUUUUACGGUAGUAAUGAGACAGCUUGUGCUGAUUUUUUGCUAUGUCAAGAAGUAAUAGAGCUGUCCCCAUUUUCAAAAAACAAAAAUAUUCAUGAAGAAGAUAUUGAUAUUUUCCAUGACUCCGACGAUGAUAAGGACAAAACAUAUAUUCCCGAGACUUCAGAUGCAGAUUCAGGCGAAGACGAAAUAUUCACCAAAAAAUCUAGGGAACGUAAAACACAUUCACCAUUAAUAUUACAUGACAUAACAAUGGAUAACUCAGCAAUUGAUGACAGAAUGACUUUGGGUACCAGUAUGAAUACAAUGUCGCAAAUAAUUAAAGAAAGCAAUUUUAUAAUGAAUGAUACUUCAACUUCAAUUAGUGUAAUGGACUCUAAUAUUUUAACACAAUUUAAUAUUCAAACAGAAAAUAGCACCGCACACUCGCAAGAUUUAAUAAAUGCUACUAUCACACCUCAUGAAUUAACAAAUACAGAAGAAAACAAAGGACUUACAAAAGAUGGUAGGCCUCGCAAAAGGCAAAAAUUCAAUGAAUCUGUAAAGGAAAGACAAGAAAAAAAGAAAAAGGUCAGAGAUGAGCAAAAUGAUUUGAAAGAUCCAUGCACUGAAAAAUGUAUGAAGAAAUGUGUAACUAAAUUCACACCUCAGGUACGCCAAGAUAUACACGACAGAUAUAUCGCUCUUGAUUACGAAUCACAAGGACUAUUUAUUAAAUGUUGUAUCGAUGUUAAGCCUGUAAUGCGCAGAUCCCAAGUUACAGAAGACUACAAAAGAAAAACAACAUAUAUUUAUAAUUUAAAAGGACCUGAUAACAUUAAAAAAGAAGUUUGUAAGACGUUUUUUCUUUCGACGUUGGGUUAUAAGCCUAACAAUGAUAGAAGGAUCACAACUGCUAUGAGUAAAGCUAUUGAUGAACAAAAAACGACUCGAGGAUCCUACAAAAGAACCAUAAUCGAUAGACAAGCUAUAAAAGAUCAUAUCAUGUCGUAUCACCCCGCUAUUUCACAUUAUAGACGAGAACAUGCACCCAAAAAAUUGUACCUUCCCAGUGAUAUCACUAUCACAAUGAUGCAUGAAAAUUUUUGCUCUACAAGGCCGGAUAUUAAAGUUUCUCUUGAAGUUUAUAGAAAAGUAGUAAGAAAUGACCUGAACAUUUCUUUUGCACACCUUGGUAAUGAAGAAUGUGAACAAUGUGAAUAUUUUAAGCGUCACAAUCGAUUAGACCAUCAAGAAGAAUCUUGCGAGAUAUGCCAAAAUUAUAAUAUGCAACACAAGCCCAGAUACAUAGAGUCCCGCAAAGAAUACAACGAAGAUAGAGAGAAAGCAAAGACUGACACAGAAGUAAUUUAUUAUUCCGUUGACCUUCAAAAAAUUAUUAUGUUGCCAAGAAUGGAUCAAUUCAAGACUGCCAUUUUUUGCCCGCGGUUAAUUGCUUUCAAUGAAAGCUUUGUACCACUAGGACCCGCAACUAAGGAUAACAAACCGUAUGCUGUGUUAUGGAACGAGAGUGUUGCCGGUCGUAGUCAAGAGGAUAUAAUUUCUACUUUCAAGGCAUUUUUGAACAUUAAAAGGGACCAAAAAAAUAUUGUACUCUGGCUCGAUAACUGUUCUGCGCAAAACAAAAACUGGUCACUUCUAUGUUUUAUGAUUUUUAAGCGUCGAACAAACUAUAAGAUUUAA